AUGAGCAGACGCAACAAAAGCAGGCUCGUUGUAGACCUGGAUGACGAGGUUGAGUUUGUGACCAAGGUAGCUAAGCAGACCACUAGGGGAGUACGCUAUGUGGACGUACCUUUGCCCAUGCCCACGGGUUCAAAUGUGCCAUCACCUUCCAAAAGUCCAUCGAAGGCUUCAGCUUCAGGCCCCUUGUUUAACUUGGAUGAUGGCGACGUCCUGGGCAACAUAGGUGUGCCGAUUCAGCUGGAUCCGGCGGCUCGGAAGACAAAGACCCAGAAUGACUUCAUGAGGGACUGGAUACCCCACCGUGAUGACUAUCUUCAUGCCAUUGUUGAGAUGGAAGCCCCGCCUGAGCCCAGAAACUGUGCGGAAUGCAAGGUUGGCGAGGGACGGUGGCGAUGCCUGGACUGUAUGGGCAGACCGCUCACCUGUAUCGACUGCUGUCGUAACGGCCAUCAGCGUGCUCCUUUCCAUCGGAUAGAGCAUUGGCAGGGUCAGUAUUUUGAGCCAGCAUCACUGUAUUGGGUUGGCGUCUGCAUCCAUUUGGGGCAUGGCGGAGAUCCCUGCCCUCUGGGUGCCUUCACAGCACAUAAUAACCCUGCGCCGGUGGUGGCCCCGGGGUCCAAUUUCUGGAAUGCCUCCAAUGAAGACCUAAAUGCACAUGAUGGCGAGGUCCCAUUCAACUUUGCACCUCUGGCAGGCACCCUUAACGGUGAAGCAAGGCAAACCGACGAUGCUCCCGAUCCCACUUGGGAGGAAGAUGUGCCACCGGUGCUCUCCCGGCCACCUCGCCGUGAUAGUUACAGGAAUCGCAUCAUAGUCAUUGUCGACAUCUCUGGCGUUCACCAUAUCGGCGUUGACUGGUGCCAGUGUGAGAUGGCAGUGGAGCGUGACAUGCAGCUUCUUCAAAUGGGACUUUACCCUGGUACCAUCAAGGAUCCCCAUACCGCCUUCACAUUCGCCGUCCUCGACGAUUUCCUUCUGGAGAACAAAGAGUGCAAGACAGCGGCAUUGAACUACUACAGCAAGCUCAAACGGGUCAUGAGCAAUGCCUUCCCUGGCACCAUUCCCGACCGUUAUCGUGAGCUGAUGCGGGUGUCCCACCAAUGGCGCCAACUCAAAUAUCGCAAGUGGCACGGCUUCUCACACGAUGCCCUCCGUCCUGUGGAGAAGGGUGGCCUCGCCAUCUUUUGUCCUGCCUGUCCCCAGCCUGGGCUCAACCUGCCUUUCGAUUGGCAAGCGGAUCCAGUGCAGUGGAAGUUCAAAUGCGGCUUUGUCAUGGAUGGAAAUUUCAGUGCAGAGCACAUGAAGAUGAAGCACCCCGAGGAGGACGUCGCCCUCAGUGACGGCCAGGCAUUCAUGGUCGGCCAAGAGGAUUACAAGGCUCAUCUGGCGGUGGCCAUGGAGUCGCAUCAGCGCUCCACUUGUCAUGAGCACCGCGCUGUCAAUCAGGCCAAUGUGGAUCGCGCCAACCUCGACGCCACAGGAAUCGGGGCCACUGCUUGCGCCAGACAUGGUUUCUUCGUCCCUCAUACUGUCGUCGAUUUCCAGAAGGGAGAAAGACAAAUGAAUAUGGAUUACUCUCUCAGCAAUGCACUCCUGACCCUCACCGGUAUCACCCUCGUCCUCGUCAUGUACGACAUCAUGUGCCAGUAUGGCGUCCAUGUCCGCAAACAUUUCCGCCACAGCGCCUAUCUGAGGAUGCCCUUCGAGCUCAAGGUAGACCAAGGCAUCAGCUUGUUUCAUGUGCACGGACACCAAGAUUGCUGCUUCCAACGGUUCUCGCCCAACUUUAUAGUUGGCGCUGGUAUGGUCGAUGGCGAGGUCAUUGAGACCCUGUGGGUGCCAACAAAUGAGGUCUCAGGCAGUACCAGGGGCAUGACCCGAGCUCACCACCAAGAAGUCCUUGAUGAUCACAUGAAUGACUCCAACUGGAAGAAGACGACUCGCAUGGAUGAGCCUGGUUCCUCCUUCCCUAUUUGCCACCUGCCUUAUGCUGCCUAUAGUGCCAACCUUGAUGACAAAGUGGAAACGCAUGAGGAUGUCCUUGAGGCAUGGCAGAAGGAGUACGAUGACGCUAUGGAGGCUCGCCAAAAUGAUCCGAAGAUCAUGGACACCUUCAAUGUCCAGCUCAUGAAGGCCCCGGGUAAAGACCUCACCCAACUCAGACUGGCGGGCGAGGAGUCCGCCAAGGGCUUGGAGAAGGGCACCGCCGGAUGGUUGUCGACUGGCCUCAAAAUUCAAGAAGCACAGCUUAAGCUUGCGAAUGAUAUCCGCAAGGCGAGUCAAAAUCCGAGCGUGGCGGAGGACCUCAAGACUCUCGAGCGCCAUCAGCGCCUCGAAGUCAGCAUUCUCACAUUCCAACGUCGCUCUGAGAAGUUCAUGGGAAGGUUGGAGGACGUUCCCGCCAUGGAAGAUCGUGACGAUGGUGCGCUCUGGGAUUCCUUGGAUGAGAAUCCUUUUCAAAUACACCCGGAGGACGCUGAGUAUGGUGAGGAUGCAAUUCCUCCCGAGCGAGCUUCCUUGAAUUUACCUUCGCAGAUAGGAUUCGUGGCCGCCAUCGCCAACAGGCUCCAGACCCUGGCGGCCCAAGAGUUGGAGUUGCGCAAAGGCCUGAUGAAUGACAUCCUCCACGAGCUUCGCAUGGCGCGUGGACUGAAGUCUUACCUCUACCGCAAGAGGGUUCAUCCCGCCAACAGCAUCGGAACCAUGACCCGUGCACAGGCGGAGGUUCAUGCUGCCGAUCAGACCGUCUUGGCCUGCGCCAGGCUCUAUUCUGCCAACCGACAUGCCAUUAUGCGCUUGGAUGCCACCGAUGAAGACUUGGCCCUCUAUCGCCCUUUGGAUAAGAAGGACCUGCACGUGAAGACUGCCGUCAUCGAGGCUAGCACCUCCGGGCUCAGGAACGUCAACCUGGCUUGGUUCUGGACCAUGGAUGUCGCUGGAGAUCGAGGUUCAUCAGAAUGGAUGGACGAGUUCUAUAGAGUGAAUUGGCUGCGUGCCAGAGCUCGAUAUGAGAGAUGGAGGGAGGAGCAUGUCUUGGUCCACUCGGAAAUGGCCUGGACCAUAGCCACCUUCAAGCGGAAUGCGGAACGAUGGGCUCACUGGCUCGAGAUGACGGAUCCUUCCUGGCGGGGUCAUGUUUGCUAUGCCGCCAGGCAAUCUUCAACAUCAGAUGCGCGCCCCUGCCUGUUCUCCAGAGGAAGGUUGCAGUUGGAAGUCUACACUUGGAGGAUCCAAGAAGCUGUUCUGGCACUGGAGCCUAACCCAGAUCACUUCACCAAGGUCCGUUGGGAGGAAGGCUUGCGUCGGGAGAUGUUCGCCAUCAGGGGUAUCUGUGGCGACCUCGCGUUGGCGGGUCAUGCUGACCAUAUCGACCAUGGCGGAGUUAUCGCCAGUGUCCUCACCGUCUGCACUUUCAAUCGCGAAGUUCUGCGCCCCAUCAGCAUUGACGUCAAGGCGAUUCCACGCCCCACCACCCUCGUUCCUCGUCCUAAGAACCUACUCGAGGAUUUACCCGACUACUGGUGGAAAUGGGAUCGUCAGGUUGGGCCGGCGGGGAGUCCUAUGGAGGCCUGGUGGUACAAACUUGGUGAUCCCUGGGAGAAGGUGUACACCGUCUCCGAGUCUACACUGGUGCAGCUUGAACAGCUGCAUGUUCGCGUCGUGAACCUCACUAGUUGGUUGCACGAGAGGACAGAUCAGAACCUGGAUGUGGUGCUGGAAGAGCUGCAGGAGGCGACGCGGCAGCUGCGUGAGUUAGGAAUGUAA